AUGAUUUGUCAGCAAAUGUUCAAUCAUCUUACUUCAGGAGAAUCAGUGAAAAAGGAAGAGAUAAAGCAAACUUCCAAUAAAGAAUCUUCAAAAAAAUCCUCUAGUAAAAAAGUAUCAAAGAAGGCACUCAACAGAAGAAAGAAACAGUACAGUUCGGAAACGGAGUCGACAGCCUCAUCCAGCAGGUCAUCCUCCAGUAAAAAUCCGACAUCUUCAUACUACGACAGCAAUGAAGACGACUGCUAUGGAGUUCUUCCACCGGUAAAAAUCAAAAGUAAAACAGGCAAAAGAAGAGAUAAACAGAAAGCAAAAGUAAAAAAGGAAAAGAAAGAAAAGCUAAAGAAGAAAGGCAAGAAAAAGGACACCUCAUCUUCGUCCUCAUCUUCGUCCUCAUCAGCAGAGUCAGAGUCAAGACAGAAAUAG